AUGCCGCCUUCUGCUGCUUCCAAGAAGCAGAAACCGGCGCUCACCUUGGCCCAGCUUGCCUCGUAUGAUGACUUCUUAACAGAUGCUCUUGUCGACCAUGCAUUCUACUGGACAACUAUUCCAAAAAACCGAAAUUCGUACCACCCUUCCCGAGGAGUGCGAGAGGAGGAAAUCACCAAGAUUAUCCAGUCCGAGAUCGCUGUCAACAAAGACCUCGAGGCCGCCGAGCGCAAGCUGUUAGCAACCGAUGGCUUUCGCAAGUUCUUCGCCGCCCUCAAGACAGACAAAGCCAAGGAUGACUUCAAGAGACACCUACGCCGGUACACCCAGAUCUACCUCCCAGACUGUCCUUUCGAAGUCAAUUCGACCAACCGUUACACCAUAGUCUCUCACGAGGCUGCCAUUACCGCCCGACGGUUCAUCAGGAGAAACGAGAACAUCAAGUACCUUGCCGGAACCCAGGUCAACAUUUCCCCCGAGGAGGAACGGGAAAUGACAGCCCGAAAGAAGGACUUCAGCAUCAUCAUUUCCGCGAGGAGUAAAUGCGCCAGCCUGUUCAUGGGUCCUGCCCGAUUUGCGAACCACGACUGCGGAGCCAAUGCGAAGCUGAUGACUACGGGUGCGGCUGGCAUUGAAAUCAUUGCGACCAGGAAUAUCGAAGUUGGAGAGGAGAUCACCGUCACAUACGCCGAAAACUACUUUGGAGAGGAUAACUGCGAAUGCCUUUGCAAGACGUGCGAGGACAAAUGGGUCAAUGGCUGGGCGCCUGCCGAAGGACAGGUUGUUGUUAAGAAGAGCAUAGAAGAGUCGGUCAUGGACGGCUAUUCUCUGCGUCGUCGAAGGAGAGAUGAUAGCACUGGGCCUUCUUCCCGGACGCCGUCCGUCACGCCAGAUAUUCGGCCGCGGGUAUCCAAGUCACGGCUAAGAGGUGGAAAAUCUGGCAGGGAUUCACUGGCAGUUGAUUCGCCCAUGUCCGAUGCGGUGUCGCCGAGCAAGAAACGAUCAUUCGACUCGCUCGUCACACCGCCCAUCACGCCGUCAAAAAGACGCAAGCUGUCAGCGGCAAAGAGUGCGCCUGCCCCUACGGAACUUAUCAGCUCAAGAGACAGCUCAGCCGCCGAGUCUGUGCGCAGCAUGUCUUUGACGAGCGGAUCGAAUGAGGAUGGCUCAGUAACGGACAUCACUGAGCCAGAAAAGGACACCCCGGAGCCAAGCCAAGCAAAACGUAAAACAGAGCUCGUCAAAGAGGAGGAUUGCGAGGAACCAACGGAGCAAAUCUUAGCCAAUGCGGCGCCGUUCUCCUCCCAACGGUUGAGUAAGAAGAGUACAGCACCUACAAUAUCUUCUGAAACGUCCAUGUUGGUUCGAGAGGCGUCCGUCUCUACGACUAGGUCAAUACCCAUCUCGUCGUUGUGUGAUCCUCCACCACCACCAUCCGCACCUUCCGGAAGAGGCAUGUCUGUUAUUAGAACAAUGACGUCCCCGACGAACGUCACUGCCUCACUACCAACAAGGCCCGUCAUGAGCAUCGCAGCAGCAAUCUGUGAGAACAUCAGUCCAAGAGCAGUGGCGAUGUCAGAUACCGGUGCGCCGGUCAUCUCUGGCAAGAACAGUUUGAAGAUGAUGCAAAUUGACCAUAUGUUGAUAACCAAAGGGUCUCAAGCCGGCUCCCGCCAUCAUGUGCGGGAAACGUCAACUCUAAAGGCUGUGACGUCAAUUGAGCAGGACACCCUGAGCAUCAGCAACUCCGAUAAGGUACAGAGCUUGAAGGUCGAGACAUCGGCUUCAACAGAGCAUCCUUUGCACAUCGCAGACGACACUGAAGUCUGUGCGGAAGUUGAUGAGACGAUGGAGGCUGCUGACCAACCACCCCUGACGAAGCGCAAGUACCAACGGCGAACUUUCAUCAAAGAGACUACGCCACCCGCAAAGACUCGGACGCCUGGCGAUUAUACUUUAACGCCGCUGCUGCUCUCUGAGCCGCAGACAGCCUGGGUACGCUGCAUGAACUGUGAGACGGCUUUCGUGCAGCAGAAUGCAUACUAUACGAAGAGUUCAUGUCCGCGGUGCGAAAGGCAUUCGAAGCUUUACGGUUACAUCUGGCCAAAGACCGAGAAGGCUGGACCUCGUGAUAAGGAGGAGCGCAUACUGGACCAUCGCACCAUCCAUCGGUUUUUGGGACGUGACGAUGAGGCCCGAAUCCGUGGUCGAAAGAGACCUACCACAGGAGGGCCGUCAGAGGCGGGUGAGGAUGAUGCGGGGUUGGAAAGCACUGGCGGUGGUGGCAAGGCAACGCCCAGGUACAGAAUUGGAAACAAGCGCCAGGGAGCCGCAGAACAAGAUUCCGGGGAAGCUGAGGACACAAGCGGGUUGAGACGGAGCUGUCGGAUGCGAAAGGCUAGCAGUAAGGUGGCAAGCCAGUGA